AUGCUUAAGGAUCAAUUAUAUAUCCUUCUAAGCACUUUCGCUGCUCGUGCUGAUGAGUUAAAAGUAGUCAGGUUUUUUACUGAACAAAAAGAACUAUCCCAUAAAGAGAUACUUGAAGUUAUUUCUGUGUUUUGGAGGGAACUUGAUAAUCCUACUAAUUUAUAUUUCAUAUUUGAUAAAGUGGCGAACCAAAUCGAACCAAAUGACCAAUUAUUUUAUGAGUUACUUGAAAAUGAUGAGAGUUUGAUUGCUUUGGUUGAAUGUGGUGUUGAUUCUGUCAGUAAGCGGAGUAAAUUAUUAAGGGACCAUGUUGCAGAAACUUUAAGCAAAUGGCAACUAACAAUUGAUGAAAGGGAUUUAAUUCAUACAUUUUUGAAAGCUAGGAUUAUUUUGUGUAACGAACUUGUGUCAGAUGCAUUGUUUUAUGACCCGCUUUUAAAGAAGCUACGUCAUUGCUCAGAGUUCAAAAACCAAGAAGCAUUUGAAAAAUGGGUUACUGGGGUACUACGUCCGCUAGCGCAUUUAAAUCGCCGUAUUGAACCUCAACUGAUGAUUUCUAGCUUUGAGCAGCAACCGGCGGAGGAGAUCAUGAACCUCUUUGCCUCUAUUGCGUCAGAUGAGCCGGUCGUAUUCAAGUCCGUUGUUAAUUUUGAAGCAGUUCCAUAUGCACAGUAUUCAGGUGCGUUUGCUGAGUUUCUUUCUGUGUUCUUAACGGUUGAUAACUUUUCUUUGGAUUCUAAUAACAACUUUGAAGCAUUUAAGUUCAUGGCGUCCGAAGUGAAGCAAGCUUUGGGGGACGACAACAAUCACUUACGUCGUGCAUUUGAGGCUCAAUUGUUGGAAAUAUUGUAUCAAAAUUCGAAGCGCUUGAUGAGACUCAAUCCUCCAUACCUUUCGCGUGAUUUAAUACGUAUUUUGAAUAGUAUUGAUCCAGAAAUAACCAUCGAUGAUGAUAUCUCCUCUCAAAAAUUGGUGGCCUACACUAACUACAUGAACUCAUUGGAAAUCAAAAGCUUUAAGGACUUGCAUAAACUAUCCAAUGCUGAUCAAUGGACACAACUCACUGCGUUUGGGUCAAUGAGCAAAACCCUUCUUACUUCUUCGUCAAAUGCAGAGACAUUGGACUAUUUAAUCGAAUCGCAACAUGUGUUCAACAACUUGACCAGACAUCAGAAAAUUUCAGCUGUAAUAGAAUCAUUAUUAUCUCUAGGAGAGUUUUCUUUGCUUGACCGCCUCGUUUCGAAAGCAGGAUUUCAGUUUGAAGAGCCUGUCUUGUUGAAGCAUUUCUGGAGGUUUUUUAAUAGUGCCCAUGAAGGAUCUCGUGAUGAACCAGAAAUCGUUAACGCAAGUUAUGUACUAGCUAAACUUCCAAAAGAGAACUAUUCUCAUUUGCAUGGAAUUUUGAAGCUAGCUGAUGAAUUAUCACAGUACGAAUUAAGUUAUUCGCGUGGUAUCCCUUUUAUUCCUAGGCAUAUAUUAGAAUUCAAGCAUGAUCCUUAUGAACUAAUACAAAAGCUUUUGACAGAUAACUCGCUAUUAUAUCGGGACUAUACAACUACUUCACAUUUACUAAAAUUAAUUUACGAGGGUUUAGAAAUUCAGCCUAAAUCUUCUGACUAUAGUCGAGAAUUAACGAAGUUGCUAGUUCUGCAUGUCGAGUACGCUGUAGCCAACAUGAACUUCCAAUUUGCUUAUAAGAAGACUAUGGAACUAUUUGAUUCCCACGGGGAUGUGUCUGAAUAUUGGGCGACUUUCUUCCAAGUGGGCAAAUACGUUGAUCCUAACUGGACGGAUAACGAGACACCUACAGAAAUAAUUUAUCUACAAUUGGAGGUUCUAGGAAGACUUUUGCACAUUUGUCCUCUCGAUGAAGUAGAAGCUGUUGUAUUGCUAUGGAGUGGUCUGGAAUUGGAAUUGACCAAUAGAACAGACUUGGACGACCCUUAUUCAUUAUCUAAGGACAAGUCGGGCAGGAAACUUCAAAAGGAGAUUAUGCAGCAAGUUUCUACCAGCGUAUCCAAUAUACUAACUGGUGGUUAUAAAUGGGCGAUCGGGGACGAUUAA